AUGGAUGAGUACAAAGAGGAAGAUUCUAAUGAGCAUACAACAUUUGUUAAAUCCAAAUUAUUAAGUGACAACUUUGCAAGCUUAUUGACACCUGAGCAGGCAGCUAAUGAGAUUUCAUCAAGAAUAGAAAUAUUAACAAAUUUUCUUGAUUCUCCAGAUGCAAUCGAAUUUUCACAAUCAUUAAAAGAAUUAAUCAUUAUUUGCAGCUGCUUUGAUAUCAAAUUAUCAUUAAAAGCAGAAUCUGCUGACUUUUAUGAAAACUUAUUUCAAACUUUGAUUAACUUCCCUGCGUGUUCAACAUAUAAUGAUAUCGUAAUCCUAAUUCUCCAGAUAAUCAUCCACUCACCUCAAUCAAUUCCUCAAAUGAUGAAUUUGAACGUUUUGGAGUUUAUUUUUUCAAUUUUGCAUAAUUCAUUUCCAAAAACAAUUUUUGAGAAAUGCUAUAUUUCAUUAUCAUGUAUUAGCAGAGUAAGCAAGUCUUAUCGAGAUCAAGUUAUCAUUAAAUUUCCAAUUAAUCACUUGUAUAUGGUUGCAGAAGGUCCUCAAGAUGAUUUCAUUGUGGAAUCAAUAAUAAAACUUAUUCACUCAUAUUCUUUGUAUCCACUUGAUCAACAAGAAAUUUCAGACGCAAUUUUAAUUAUCAGAUUGUUAUUUGUUAAUAACGGACAAAGGCAUUUCACAAAAGAUGGAUUUUGCACUGCAAUAAACUCAUUACAAUCAUUGGUGAAAUCACCUGUUUUCAAAUUUGAAAUGGUUGAUUUUCUUGAUCAAACUCUUCAUUAUUUCGGAAAAGAUGAUGAUAUCACAGAAUCACUAUGUUAUAUAAACUGCAGAUAUAUCGUUACAAGCCGGAAAUCAUUUAUUAAUAUGGAUUUAAUUGCAGAUUUGAUUGAUUUAGAGUCAAAACCAUCAAUUAUUGCCGCAGCUGCUCGAUCAAUAGGAUUAAUAUGCUUUAAUAUGAAAGAUUAUGUUCAAAAUAAAGACAAUUUUGAAUAUUUACAAUAUUUAUUCGAAAUCUUUAAUCAAGUGAAGUUUUCGGCCAAAGAAGAACUAGGAUUUGCAAUAGUUGGAUUUUUCACAUACAUUAAAGAUCAAAUUCUAUACGAGUACAUCAUUUUACACGCAGAUACAUUCUUUGAUCUUAUAAAUCUAUCAAAUAUUCAAACAUUAACAUUUAUCGUUAAUACACUCGAGAGGUUGAGACUAUAUGCAGCAUUUAAUGAUCUCAAAAAUGACUUUUAUGAUUUUCUUGUUAAUUGCGAAAUAAUAUCUCGCCUUGAAGAUUUGUACGAUGAACUCAGUGCAGACACUCAAAAAGAGAAAAUUCUCAGUGAGAAAAUUAACAUAUUUUUAGAUAAUAUCCAAAUAUAA